GACGGGGUGUCGGUGCCAGGAGCGGUGUGUCGGUGCCGGUCCUGGGGUGUCAGUGCUGGUGACAGGGUGUCGGUGCCGGUGCCGUGCCAGUGCCGGGGUAUCGCUGGGUGUCAGUGCCGGUGAGGAGAUGUCGGUGCUGGGGUAUCAGUGACGGCACUGAUGACAGUAUGUUGGUGCUGGUGACGGGGCGUCGGUGCCCAUGACGGUGUGUUGGUUCCAGUGCCGGGGUAUCACUGCCAGUGCCAGGGUGUUGGUGACAGUGUUGGUGCCAUUGAGGCAGUAUCAGUGCCUGUGAUGGGGUGAUUGUAAUGGUGCCAUGCUGUGGGUACUGGUGAUAGGGUGCAAGUGCCUGUGACAGAGUGUUGGUGAUGGUAUUGGGGUGUCAGUGUCGGGGUAUCAGUGACAAUGUUCGUGCCAGUGCUGGUGGGGGCUGGCUGAAGUGGGGGGCUGAUGCCAAUGUCACCCCGACACUGUCCCCCAGCAGGACAGUGACAAUGGCGUCAGACGAGCGGCUGGCCCGCUUCCGCCAGGCCCACCUUAACCCCUUCAACAAGACCCCUGAGCAACCGGAGCGCCCCGAUGGAGAAUCCCCUGUCCCAGCCCAGCAGCCGGAUCCCACCCCAGGCGACCCUGAGGGCGCCCUGGACCUGGGGCUGGCCGAGGACCACUUCUCCCGCCCUGUGGGGCUGAUCCUGGCGUCAGACGUGCCGCAGCUGCGCCGGGCCAUCGAGGAGUGCAAGCGGGUAAUCCUGGCACUGCCUGAGCACUCAGAGCGGCAGAAGGACGCCGUGGUCCGGCUCAUCCACCUCCGCCUCAAGCUGCAGGAGCUGAAGGACCCCGGUGAGGACGAGCCCAACAUCCGGGUGGUCCUGGAACAUCGCUUCUACAAGGAGAAGAGUAAGAGUGUCAAGCAGAUGUGUGACAAGUGCAGCACCAUCAUCUGGGGGCUCAUCCAGACCUGGUACACCUGCACAGGCUGCUACUACCGGUGCCACAGCAAGUGCCUGCCGCUGGUGAGCCGGCCGUGCGUGCGGGCCCAGGUGAGCCACCGCGCCGAGUACCAGCUCAGCAUCUGCCCCGAGAGUGGGCUGGACAGCCAGGACUACCGCUGUGCCGAGUGCCGCGCCCCCAUCUCCCUCCGGGGGGUGCCCAGCGAGGCCCGACAGUGCGACUACACUGGCCUCUACUACUGCUCCAGCUGCCACUGGAAUGACCUGGCUGUGGUGCCUGCCCGUGCCAUCCACAACUGGGACUUCGAACCCCGCAAGGUGUCACGGUGCAGUAUGAGGUACCUGGCACUGAUGGUGUCACGGCCAGUGCUGAAGCUGCGGGAGAUCAACCCACUGCUGUUCAACUACGUGGAGGAGCUGGUGGAGAUCCGGAAGCUGCGCCAGGACAUCCUGCUGAUGAAGCCCUACUUCAUCACCUGCAAGGAGGCAAUGGAGGCGCGGCUGCUGCUGCAGCUGCAGGACCGGCAGCACUUUGUGGAGAACGACGAGAUGUACUCGCUGCAGGACCUGAUUGACAUUGAGGCCGGGCGCCUGGGCUGCUCCCUCACUGAGAUCCACACACUCUUUGCCAAGCACAUCAAGCUGGACUGCGAGCGCUGCCAGGCCAAGGGAUUCGUGUGUGAGCUGUGCCGGGAGGGUGAUGUGCUUUUCCCCUUCGACAGCCACACCUCGGUCUGUGCUGACUGCUCUGCCGUGUUCCACAGGGACUGCUACUAUGACAAUUCCACCACCUGCCCCCGGUGUGCCCGGCUGAGCCUGCGGAAGCAAUCCCUGUUCCAAGACUCUGUCACGGAGGGAGAGCCCUGAGGAGGGUUUGACUCCAUGGAAGGACUCAGUCCCACAGCUGUUCCCCACCCACCACAGGCCCUGGGACAGACGCAAUCAUCCCCAUGCCGGUUUGGGUACUGGGGUGGCCCUGACUAUGGGACCCUCUGCCUGUGGGAACGGCAGUGCUGCUAGGGGGCACAGCUGGACCCUGGCCGUCCCUGGGAACAUGGGGAACCCUGCCGGAGGAGCCGGGAUGUCGUUAACUGGGAUCCGGUUAAGGCGCCACAGCGGCUCCUGCCGUCCCUGCAUAGAACCGGGGUGCAGGCGGGGAUGGGGUGCAGGCAGGGACCGGUGCUCCGUUGUCGCGGGGCAGUGGGUGCUGCUAGGAGGGCUCAGCCCCGAGGCCAGACCGAGCCCACACACACACACUACCAGGAUCCGAUCUCCCCCCAGCACCGCCGUUAACGGGGCCGAGCCCCGAGGAGGUUGGGGUGAGGGGGGGACCGGCCGUGGCGCGGGGCCGGUGUCCCCCCCUUCCCUCCCAGUGUUUCCUGUAGCAUUAACGAGCCUCUUUGCGCAACCCA